AUGAAAAAGGAUAAAAAUAUGGUGCUGAUAUUUCUUUCAUUCCUGGUUGUUGCUCAUUGCACGGACUUGCAGCCAUUGGCGAGCAGCGACGAAGAGAACCGAGUAGAUCCGAUCGACGGACCGGCCGCGGGUGUCGGUGGCGGCCACUCGCACCCCGAGACGAGGGCCGCCGAGUCGACCACGGCCGGUACGGUGACCGUCGACGGCCACAGGUCGGGCAGACAGUAUUACCAACAGUCAGCGGCGUUCGCGUACCAACCGUAUCCGCAGCGGAGGGCGUACAACAAGAGUCCGGGCCAGCCGAUGAAGAGGCCCAAGUUCAGGCAGAAACCCGGCGGUGGUAGGCGGGGGCAGAGGCCACGACGCAGGCCGGCCAUGUCCGGCGGGCCACCGACGAUGCCUUCGGUGACCGGUUCGCGGUACAGGCGGUUACCGUCACCGGCUCCGAUGUUGCGCCCUCAGCACGUCAACUACAUCGACACGGCGGGCGGCGCGGACUACGACGACGGUUUCGAGUCGGCUCCAAUGCCCGUGUCGUCGUUCGACUACGGCGACAUGCGCGAAUUCGACCACGACUCGGCCGCUUACGGUUACGGGCCGCCGCUGCAGGCCGUCGCAGGUGGUCGGUCACGCAAGCGGCCCGUCAUCGUCGCCGCCGCCGCCGCCCCCACCGCCGGGUACGCCGACGAAACGCGUCCGGCGGCAAUCGUGCACGUGCCGAUGCGCGUCAUUAGGCCCACCGCUGUGCCGACGCGGUCGACCGCCGCCAACGAAGUGGACGCGGUGGCCGACCCGAUGGACAAGCUCAGGCAGUUGGUGCACGAGGCAAUGGACGAGCACUUUGCCAACCGGCACCAGGAACUGUACGGCGACGGGUUCGGAAAACAGCAUCAGCAACAGCAGCAGCAGCAGCAACAGAACCAUCAGAACAUGCAGCAGGUGUACAGCGCCAAGUACAAGCGGCAACCGCCGGCGCCCGCCGACAGGGAGAAAGCCCUGCACCACGAUCAUCAACAACAGCGAACGGCCGACGCGGUGAGGUCUGCCACGGCGGCCGUGCAGCCAUCGCAGUCAUCGUCCGCUAAGGUGACUAAGGACGCGGACGUGGACGCCGACGGUUCGGACGACCGGCUGACGUUGGCCGAGAUAUCUGCGUACAUGGGCGCCAAACCCGCGGAAACAGUACUCAGCGCCGGCGGUCACCGGUACGUGUUGUCGGACGCGCUGCAGCAGAGCUACCGACAGCAACAGCUAGAUCACCAUCACCAGCAGUACAGCGGCGAUGACCAUCACCAGCAGUACGGCGGCGAGGACCAUCACCAGCCGCAGUAUUUGCGUUACGUGUCGCCGUUCGAGGCGCUUUACGAGCUGCCGGCCGCUCGGUGGACGUACAAGUAG